AACUCACAAUACAACACACAAAAACAAAAAGCAGAGUUUCAAUAUCACUAAAAAUGGCACCCUCCAUUUACUACUACUUACUUCUUACACUUGCCUUCAUCAUCACUCUCAAACUCUUUCUCCGGGUCCAAUCUAGAAGGUUCAAGAACCUUCCACCAGGGCCGCCAACCCUUCCCUUCCUCGGAAACCUUCACUACCUGAAGCCACCGCUCCACCGCAUCUUCGCUGGCCUCGCCGCCUCCUAUGGCGACAUCAUGUCGCUUUGGUUUGGCAACCGCCUCGUGGUGGUUGUGUCCUCGCCGUCCUUGGCGCAUGAAUGUUUCACCAAGAACGAUGUCGUCUUGGCCAACCGUCCCCGCUUCCUUACCGGAAAGUACAUAUUUUAUAACUACACUACAUUGGGUUCUGCCUCGUAUGGUGAUCACUGGCGCAACCUCCGCCGCAUCACCACCGUCGAUGUCCUCUCCAGCCACCGUCUCAACUCCUUCCUCGAUGUCCGAAAGGACGAGACUAAGAGACUGAUCGAGAAACUAUGGAAGGACACACGUAAUGGUGAGUUCGUGAAGGUUGAACUAAGGUCAAGACUAACAGAAAUGACAUUCAACGGAAUGAUGAGGAUGAUCUCCGGCAAGAGGUACUACGGCGACGAUGUGGAAAUGAGUGACGUGGAGGAGGCGAAGCAAUUCCGAGAAAUCAUAACGGAAAUUCUGUCGUUGCUGGGAGCAAACAACAAAGGCGACUUCAUGCCGUUGGCCAAGUUCUUCGAUUUCGACCACUUGGAGAAGAGGCUCAAGAAUAUCGCCAAGAGAGCCGAUUCCUUCUUGCAAGGCCUCAUCCAAGAGCACCGCGUUGCCGCCGGCAGCAACGCCGACAGCGACACCAUGAUUUUUCAUCUCUUGAAGCUUCAAGAGACACAGCCCGAGUAUUACUCUGAUCUCAUGAUUAAGGGCCUUAUCCAGGCGAUGCUUCUUGCUGGAACAGACACAUCAGCUGUAGCAAUGGAAUGGGUUAUGGCUGAAUUACUAAACCACCCAGAAAUAAUGAAGAAGGUAAAAGAUGAAUUAGACACACAAAUAGGAAAAGACCGUUUAGUAGAAGAACAAGAUUUGUCAAAGCUACCAUACCUUCAAAACGUUAUUUCUGAAUCACUUAGAUUGCACCCUCCAGCACCGUUACUAUUGCCUCAUUCUGCCUCAGAAGAUUGCACCAUUGGAGGAUACAACAUUCCAAAAGAUACCAUAGUUUUGACAAAUGUAUGGCUAAUUCAUAGAGAUCCUAAUAUUUGGGCCGAUGCAGAGAGUUUUAGGCCCGAGAGGUUCGAAAAAGAAGGGGAAGAGAACAAGCUCAUUCCGUUUGGGCUUGGAAGAAGGGCUUGUCCUGGAUUGGGCCUGGCCCAACGAACUUUGGGCCUUACUUUGGGUUUGUUGAUCCAAUGCUUUGAAUGGAAAAGAGUGAGUGAGGAAAAGCUUGACAUGGCUGAAGGCAAAGGGAUUGCAAUGCCAAUGAAAAUUCCAUUCAAAUCUUUGUGCAAAGCACUACCAACUUUCAAGAAUAUUAUGAAUUACUAAUAGGUUCUGUUUACGGAAACAACAAAAAUUAAUCUUUAAUUAGUAAACAAAAGAUUUUUAUAUAUCUCUAAAAUUUAUGUUGGCUGAUUAUAUGGGAUAAUUUUUAUUGUUUCUCUAAAUUUAUGCGUACUCAUAAUUAGUUAUGUUGUAUAUUAUAAAGUAUAUGUGCUAUGAUGAAAUAAACAUGUGUAUUUAUUAAGUGUAGUAAAGUAAGAGAUUCAUAAGGGCAUAAUGUACAGUUGUUGUCAGUUUAGGAGAAAUAAUUUUGGUGAUUAGCUUAUA